AUGCGGUGGGUUGAUGCAGUGACGGAGAAGGUGAGCUCUCGAGUUCGACUGCGAUACAAUGUGGAUCGUGAAACAGCCAGGUGGUCGUUGACGGUGAUGCUGCAAGCGGUGCAAGUAAGGGAGAGGAAGGAUCCGAAGCAAGUGACGACCAACAGGGCAAGACUAGUCUAUCAGGCAAUGUUCCGAGGCUCGCAAGAUCAAGUUGAAGUUGCUGGAAAGGGAGCAGAGUGGCUGAGGAAGAGUGCACUUGUCCAGGUGGCGAGUGGGCGUGUGACAGGUGCGCCUCUGUUGACGGACGAAAGAAAGGAGUAUCGACGUGAGAAUUCGCCGGUCGCGGUCCGAAACAAGAGUGGCUUGCACCCGAUGCAGCAGCCACGGAGGAAAGAACAAGUCGAGAAAGUGAGGAGCGAUGAGAGAGAUGCAUCACAUCCGAUGCGAAGAAGUGGAUCGGAUGCUGCCCCACCAGCAACUUGGACGCAACCAUCCCACCUGUCUGUACCACUUGGUCGCAGUCGUCUGUUCCUUCGCCCUUCUUCCUGUCUGCUGAUCCGACGGCGCUCUUUCACCUAUCGAUGCUCUUCAGUUUAG